AUGACGACGGAAUACAUAGCCCCAACACCUACACCUACACCCUCCAUCUCUUACUCGACGUCUUCCUCCAACUCUUCAUCCUCCUCCUCCUCCUCCUCCUCACCUUCAAUACAAUCGGCACCAUAUCAAGGAACAGGAUCAUGGUUCGGAGACUUUAACGCCCUUUGUGCCUCGUCGUGUGUCCCGCUCCCGACAUGUAACCUCCUCUCUGCCUCCGACGCCGAGACUUCAGCAUCUGCUCAGGAAGGCACCGCUGGCAGGUGUCUAAACAGCGGAGGAUGGCCUGUGCGGGAUCUUGGGUCGGUGGUCAUCAGUGUCUUGGGUCUCUUGUUCGUCGUCAGGCAGAUCCUUAUCAAAUCUCGACGCAUGUUCGCCGCCGUCGGUCGGACAGAGAUGGCACACUUGUACACGAUCUACAGCUUCAUCCUCUUGCUCCAGGUCUUUACGGUCGGAGGCGUGUUGGUGAACAAUAACAGGACACAUCGGACAUUUCUGUUCAUAACGGGAACAAACACGAUCUGGAUGGUGAUCGUCGUAUUCCUGAGUCUGGAUCUGGCAUGGAACAUCACUGGACACCAUCACGGACACAGUGCUGGACUCUUUUUCUUGACCUUGGUCUUCCCCGUCGUCGCCGUGCUUCUCUACCUGGUCCUGUCAUGUAUCGUUGUCUGUCGCAAACUGGAAGUCUACUCCUCCCUCAAGUAUGUGGCGAUGGCACUGGUGACAUUUGCAAUUCUGGAGCACCAUCAUCGACAGUAA